CUCAGGUCCUGAGAUCCUGCUCUUGGGCCUCAUAGAAGGAGACGGCUCAUUUUGGCAAGUCUCAGUGGCUACCUAAUGUGGGAACUCUCCUACCCAGGAGAAAUCUUGAGAGAGCUGGCUGGAAACUGGGACUUCUGGACUUGAGAUCUCUCUGCCUCCUGCAAGCCAGCUCUGUACAUGCAGGUCCCAGGCUAGCCCCCUGUCCAGGAAAAGAAGGAAACAAGAUCUGUGCAGCUAUAAUCAUCGCCUCCACACACAGCCUGCAGAGGACCAAGGUCUGACCCAAGCAGGGAGCCUUGAGUCAGAGGGAAUGGCCCCUAAGAGUUGCAGACCCCCACCCCAGGGGUUGGUGACCUUCAAGGAUGUGGCUGUGGACUUUAGCCCUGAGGAGUGGAGUCUGUUGGAUCUGGAUCAGAAAGAGCUGCACAAGGUCGUCAUGCUGGAGAAUGCUGAGAACUUGCUUUCCCUGGGACUUCCAGUUCCUAGAGAAGAUUUCAUCUCCCACAUGGAAAGAGGAGGCCUGAGGAACUCCUGUACUGAUUCAGAGACAUGGUUUGAUAUGAAGGAGAUGAGUGCAAAUCUGAAAAUGAUCUCAAUGAAAGACCUUUUUCAAUAUAGUGAAUACAAGGCUGUUUUUGCUAAGCACAAUCGAAACAGUAGUAGAGAGAAACAUUGUGAAUGGAAUACACACAAAAAAGCUUUAAGAAAGAGUUCCAGUGUUGCUAAAGAUAAGAAUAUACAUCCUGAAGAGAAGACACCCGAGUGUCAUGAAAGUGAUAAAGCUUUUCUUGUACUCUCUUCCCUUGCCAAGCAUCAGAAAAUCCAUGUUGGAGAGAAAUCUUAUGAAUGUAAGAAACAUGGAAAGACUUUGAGAAAGCGAUCUACUCCUGCUAAAUAUGAGAGAAUUCACACAAAAAAACAAUCUUACAGAUGUAAUCAAUGUGGAAAGGAUUUCCAGUGUUAUUCCAAAUUGGCUCAACAUCAGAGAAUGCACACUGGAGAAAAGCCUUAUAAAUGUAAUGAAUGUGGAAAAGCUUUCAUAUGUCAUCCCAGUCUUGCUAAACAUCAGCGAAUCCAUACUGGAGAGAAGCCUUAUAAAUGUAAUGAAUGUGGAAAGGCUUUCACAAAGCGCUGCUACCUUGUAGCACAUCAGAGAAUCCACACUGGAGAGAAAUCUUAUGAACGUAAGAAACAUGGAAAGACUUUGAGAGAGCGAUCUACUCCUGCUAAACAUGAGAGAAUUCACACAGAAAAACAAUCUUACAAAUGUAAUCAAUGUGGAAAGGAUUUCCAGUGUUAUUCCAAAUUGGCUCAACAUCAGAGAAUUCACACUGGAGAGAAGCCUUAUAAAUGUAAUGAAUGUGGAAAAGCUUUCAUACAUCAUCCCAGUCUUGCUAAACACCAGCGAAUCCACACUGGAGAGAAGCCUUAUAAAUGCAAUGAAUGUGGAAAGGCUUUCACACAAAGUGACAAUCUUCGUGAACAUCAGAGAAUCCACACUGGAGAGAAGCCUUAUGAAUGCAAUGACUGUGGAAAGGCUUUCACAUAUCACUCUUAUCUUAUUGCACAUAAGAAAAUCCACACUGGAGAGAAGCCUAAUAAAUGUAAUGAAUGUGGAAAGGCUUUCACACAGAGCUCCAGACUUCGUAAACAUCAGAAAAUCCACACUGGAGAGAAGCCUUAUAAAUGUAAUGAAUGUGGAAAGGCUUUCAUCGAUCGCUCCUACCUUGCUGUCCAUCAGAAAACCCAUAAUGGAGAGAAGCCUUAUGAAUGUAAUGAAUGUGGAAAGGCUUUUACAAAGAGCUCUUACCUUUUAGCACAUCAGAGAAUCCACACUGGAGAGAAGCCUUAUGAAUGUAAUGAAUGUGGAAAGAUUUUCACAUAUCAUUCCAAUCUUCUUGUCCAUCAGAGAAUCCACACUGGAGAGAAACUUUAUCAUUGUAAUGAAUGUGGAAAGGCUUUCACAAAGAGCUCUUACCUUGUAGUACAUCAGAGAAUCCACACUGGAGAGAAGCCUUACAAAUGUAAUGAAUGUGGAAAGGCUUUCAUGGAUCACUCCUACCUUAUAUUACAUCAGAGAAUCCAUACUGGAGAGAAGCCUUACGAAUGUAAUGAAUGUGGAAAGGCUUUUACAAGGCCCUCCUGUCUUGUAGUACAUCAGAGAAUCCACACUGGAGAGAAGCUUUAUGUAUGUAAUGAAUGUGGAAAGGCUUUCACACAGCGCAGCAAUCUUACUUCCCAUCAGAGAAUCCAUAUUGGAGAGAAGCCUUAUGAAUGUAAUGAAUGUGGAAAGGCUUUCACAAGGCGCUCCUACUUUGUAGUACAUCAGAGAAUCCACACUGGAGAGAAACUUUAUGAAUGUAAGGAAUGUGGAAAGGCUUUCACAAGGCGCUCCUACUUUGUAGUACAUCAGAGAACCCACACUGGAGAGAAGCCUUAUGAAUGUAAGGAAUGUGGAAAGGCUUUCACAAAGCGCUCCUCUCUUGAAGUACAUCAGAGAAUCCACACUGGAGAGAAGCCUUACGAAUGUAAUGAAUGUGGAAAGGCUUUCCUAGAUCGCUCCUACUUUGCUGUCCAUCAGAGAAUCCACACUGGUGAGAAGCCUUAUGAAUGUAAUCAAUGUGUGAAGGCUUUCAUAUGUCGCUCCCAUCUUGCUGUCCAUCAGAGAAUCCACACUGGAGAGAAGCCUUAUGAAUGUAAUGACUGUGGAAAGGCUUUCUCACGGCGCGAAAGUCUUGGUAAACAUGAGAAAAUCCACACUGGACAGAAAUCUUCAGACAAUGCUCCAAUCGUGCUUAGCAACAAAGAAUGCACAUUAGAGAAAAACUUUUGAGUGUUUGGAUCAUGGUAAAGUUUUUAAUAUAUAUUAGUCCCUGACUAGACAUGGGAGAUCCCAUACUAGAUGUAAAACCUCAUUCAUCUAAUCCAUGUGGAAAAACAUUCAGGCUCACUUCAUCCCUGAAUUGCCUCCAGAAAAUUCCUAGAAGAUUGAAAUCAUGGAUAAAGGUAUAAAAAUGGAGGAAAGAGCUCAUUAUUCAGCAGGGAUUUUCUGCUUGGGAAGAAGUCUCCUAUGGUCUUGGCAUGGAAAGGUCUUUAGCCCAGGUUCAUCUCUUAAGUUUACAUCUGAGGAUUUGGAGUGGAGGGAAGACUUACAAAUGUGCUGAAAGAAGACAUGCCCUUACUAAAACAUAAGGGUCACUAUAAAUUACAAUAUUCACACUGGAAAGAAACAUUAUAUGCAGAAAGACUUUCAUCUGGAUCUCAUCCUUUGUGUAGAAAUCUUGCUGUAGAUGAAACAUGUGAAUAUAAUAAAUGAGGGAAGACCUCUUCCUAUUGCACAGAUCUCAUGAAACAUUGCAAUUUUAUACUGCGUAUAAAGGUCAGAAAAAAGAUUUGAGUUUUUCUCUGAAAUCCCAGGAUUGGUAUCCAAAAAAGGGUCUUUAUGGG